AUGAGGAAACAAUUGAAUCGCCCGAAUCAGGCUGCUCGUAAGCAAAUGCCCGAUUUGACCACCGAGAUAUUUGAUAGCACCCAAAUUAGAAAAAACAAUAGCCGGGGGAGUUCGGCUAAUAUGAGCACUGCCAAUGAGGGAGAGCUCGAGCAUAAUGAGGAGCUCGAUCAGGCCUCUCAACCUCAAUUAACUGCACCACCACCAUCGCCGGAGACUUCUUCACGUCCGAAUGUCAGCGCGAACAGCACUAUGUGGAAUCAGCGUUGGGAUCAAGAAGCAACACUGUAUACGAAUCAGCCGCAAUUUGAAGAAUUCACGCCGGUCACGUCGUUGAGACCUGACAGACUGCCGAAUCCAUUCGCGAAUCGCCGCCGAUUCACCAUGGACCCAUUUGCUUAUUCAAGAAUGAGCAGCGGAUUCGACGGAUUGCAUGAUAUGAGCGACGAGCUGGCGGAAAUUGGUCUUGAGCCUAACGUACCUCUGGCCCCGGUUAUCCGACCUGAAGUCAUGCUGCCGGCAUGGUGGAAGACGCGCUCAUUCUCUUCAGCGAGUUGCUAUUAUCCGCAAAAUGCUAAAUCUCAGAGCUGCCACCAACGAAUUUUGGGUGGUCCCGCAAAUAGCCUUGAAGAUAUCGAUGCCUUCCUGGCCGCCAACAGUCAGCAUUCUAGAAGAAGCGAUAUAAUGUCAAAAAAAGAGCGAUGGGCUCGCAUCAAAGCACGCAAGAAGAUUUUGCGUCGUCCCGUCGAAGACGAAUAUUUUAACGAUGCUGACGAGGAAGAGGAAAUAAUGAAUGGCCGUGGUGUGAUGCUCAACCAGAUCAUCCAGCAAGGCACCAGCGGACAAUACGAAGACGCCGAUCUUCUGAGGAAGUAUCGCCGCGACGUCGCCUAUAUAAAAGAAGUGCUGAUGGCCGAAGUCGACGGCAACGUCGACAGAAUUCGCGAACUUCGCUUCCUCAUCGCCUCCGUUCAAACCUACGGCAACAUCGACGGUCAAUGUAUGAUGGCCGAGUUGGCGAUGAACGAAUUCACACUAUUCGCCGGUGUCUUGGAGCGGUUCCACGCCAUCGUUGGCCCGUGGUCGCCAGAUACCGAAAUCCAGCGACGACGGGCGAGUAGGCACGCGUUUGAAACGCACAAAAUACCGCUUCAACACAAUUUGGCGACAAUGUCAAUGCCGAAGCUGAUUGAAGAGAUUCUCGGCCGAUCGGAACCGUCGAUCGCGUAUCGGCAAGGCGUAAAAGUCGGAUUGUACAGUGAUACGUGCGAUGAGCAAUUUCGAGUUCAAUUGAAUAUCAAGAAUACAUUUAAAGAUCCCGCAAUGAUUGUCGAUGUUAAUGAGCGUCGCUUCAUUCUCGUUCUCCAGAAUGAGCUCGACCUCAUGGUUGACUCAAUGAAGCACCUUGCCGAGACCGUUGAGCUCCCCUACGAAGGCUUCCCGGCCAAUCGCGAUCGCUAUGUGAUCGUUGAGGCGUUUGUUGAGGCGAUCGCCGAGAUCAUCGGCGAGUCAAUUGGUCCCGACACGAUGCGCUGGUUUGGAAUUCUCGGUCAAAAAGUGUCCGAAGACAGCACGACGCCUUGGGAGCGCAACGUCGAACUUCACUGUAAUCGUCAUUCGGAGCAGAAAAACGAUUUCUGCGCCCAAGUCACCGUAUGCCGAGCCACUUUCAUCAUCCUUCACGUUCUGGGAAGCUUCUUCCGCCGAUAUCACCUCCGCAAAAUUCCAUCGAAUCUCUCAACCACACUCUCGCAAUCAAACACAAAAGCUUAA